UUCCGGAGAUUGCCGAGGGGCUUCGGCCCCUCCCCAGCCGCCGCCGAGCCCGUGACCGAGGCGCUCCGGUGGGUCGGAGCCCGUCGCGCCCGCUGCUCUGGUCGCGGCGCGGGGUUCGCCCUCCUCGUCUUCCUCCUCCUCCGGUAGCGCCGGGCGUCGCGGUGACAGAGCGGGGCGAUCGCGGCGGGGGGCGGCCGGGGCUCCGGCGGCGCGGAUGGCGGAGGGCGGCCAGCCCCCGCAGCAGCAGCAGCAGCAGCAGCCACAGCCGCAGCUCCUGACCGCCGGUGGCGGCGGCGGAGGGGCCGCCCGCGGCGUGAAGCGGGAGCCGGAGCUGGAGCAGCCCAUGCCCGGUGGGGACGGCGCCGAGGGCGGCCACAGCAAGCGGCUGCGGACGGAGGCGGAGGCCGACGGCGGCGGCAUGCAGAACGAGCCUCUGACUUCAGGUUAUCAUGGAUACCCAGCAAGAGACAAUCAAGGUAACCAGGAGCCAGCAGCAACUCCUGAUGCAAUGGUGCAGCCAUUCACCACAAUCCCAUUUCCGCCACCCCCACAGAAUGGGAUUCCCACAGAGUAUGGGGUGCCACACACUCAGGACUAUGCAGGCCAGACCAGCGAGCACAAUCUGACGCUCUAUGGAAGCACGCAGCCGCAUGGAGAGCAGAGCACGAACACGGCCAGCACGCAGAACGGAUCUCUUGCACAGACGGAAGGAGGGGCACAGACAGAUGGACAGCAAUCACAGACACAGAACAGUGAGAAUACCGAGAGCAAAUCCACUCCAAAACGACUUCAUGUGUCUAACAUUCCCUUCCGCUUUCGAGAUCCUGACCUUCGGCAGAUGUUUGGGCAAUUCGGCAAAAUCCUUGAUGUAGAGAUAAUCUUUAAUGAGCGUGGCUCCAAGGGAUUCGGGUUCGUAACUUUCGAGAAUAGUGCUGAUGCAGACAGGGCCAGGGAGAAAUUACACGGCACCGUGGUAGAGGGCCGUAAAAUCGAGGUUAACAAUGCCACUGCGCGAGUGAUGACCAAUAAGAAGAUGGUCACGCCUUAUGCAAAUGGUUGGAAGUUGAGUCCUGUGGUUGGAGCGGUGUACGGCCCUGAGUUAUAUGCAGCAUCCAGCUUUCAAGCAGAUGUCUCGCUGGGCAAUGACGCCGCAGUGCCCCUGUCAGGAAGGGGGGGUAUUAACACUUACAUUCCUUUAAUCAUUCCAGGCUUCCCCUAUCCAACUGCAGCCACCACAGCAGCCGCGUUUCGGGGAGCCCACCUGAGGGGCCGAGGAAGGACAGUGUAUGGGGCAGUCCGAGCGGUACCUCCCACAGCCAUCCCUGCCUACCCAGGAAUAGUCUUACAGGAACCAAUCAUUAGCGCUAAAAUACCUCAGUUGACUGAAGAAAUGUUAACAUCCCGCUCUAAAUCUCUCAGUGGAGUCUCUGUUCCCUUCUCUGAUAUAACAGAUGGGGUGGAUACGCAGCCUACAGAUAUGCACAGCCUGCUACUGCAACAGCAGCCACGGCCGCUGCAGCCGCUGCAGCAGCUUACAGCGAUGGUUAUGGCAGGGUGUACACAGCAGAUCCUUACCAUGCCCUUGCCCCUGCCGCUAGCUACGGAGUUGGCGCUGUGGCGAGUUUAUACCGAGGUGGCUACAGCCGAUUUGCCCCCUACUGAAGUGACGUGAGCCCCCUGCAAGUGGGACAGCCCCCCCAGUUCAUGAGGCCUGGCUAUUGCAAUAUUUACUAGUAGAGGAACUCUAUAGCAAGACGAGGAGGAAAAACAAAAACAAAAAAAAAAAAAAAAGAGAAAAUACUUUUUUAUACCUCACUAUGUUCUUUGAAUAUGUAUUUUUUUUCCUUUAAAUUUCUGCCUUUAAUUCUUUUGUUCCAAAGAUUGUGCUUUUUUUUGUUGUUUUCAUUUUUGGGUUUUUUUUAACUGUGGUAAAAAUAAUGCAUUUCUGUGUCUGUAUGUUGGUGCAUAGCUUAUCCUACCAAUCACGGAAAAGGUGAUUAGCGCUAAGGAAAGCUGUUAGAAACUGAUAUCAUACAAUUAAUCAGGAACACGCAGACAGAGUUACUUCCCUGGGUCUGGUGCUUGGUGCCUGUGAGACAGGAAUACGUGAGGGAAAAGUCUCCACCUGCCAUGUUUCUGGUCUGCAGAAGGAAACACGCUGUGGCUGGGACCUAAAUGCUGGUGGGAAAUAGUCAUUUACAUUUGGAAAUGGGGGAAAUGCAGAGACUUUCGUCGUUUUUUAUCACCAUUUGAUGUGCACAGGUUUGGGACAGUUUCAGCAGUGUCAGGAUUUUAGACUUGGCAAGAGAAGAUUUCCUCAACCUGCCCAAAGACUUCGGCUGUUCUCUGCUGUACAGGGGACAAGAACUUCAAAAGGAGUUUUUGAUGAGGAUGAUCUUUCCCACACAUGUGCGACUUAUUCUAGAUGAUUGUUGUCCAUUGCUGAUGGCUGUAAUUAUCUUAGUUUUUCUUCCUCCUUUUCAAGAUCUUUGUCCCUUGCUGUCCCUUUCCUCCCCUUCUUUCCUCAAGGAGUGGCGGAUGCAAUGCAGCAUCACACAGAGCACCUCUGUUGCGGACAGCAAGCGGUUAAACUUGCAGAGGUGAAACGUGUGCAGCCUUAGAGAGGAAGAAAUCUAGCUGAAGAUCCCCGCGUCAGCGCCGUGCUCGGGUCCUCUGAGGUCCAGCCUGCAAGGUCUCUCCUCCUGUUCAUCCUGAGCUGCUCCGGCACUUUUGCAAGUAAUCUGUUUAAAAUGAGUGAGGAAAAACGAGUCAUGUAUAAGCUGCUGAGGCGAGGGGCAAACGUGGGUUUGAGUGGGGGAAGAGUCUUUAAAUGUGAUCCUGUAGUAGUUUUGCUUUGAUCAGGAGUUUAAGGGGAGGCAGAAGCAGUUUUUGCAAGCUCUGAAUUCAUAGGAACUUCCCACCACAACCUAUUGCAGGCCCUUACAUAGUUGUGUUGGAGCCCUGGGGUCUGUUUUGCCCAGCCUCUCAUAGAAUGUUGUAUACCUGGUCUGCUGAGUUCAUAUAAACACUACAUAUUAGAAGAUUUGAAAGCAGAGAGACUAUUUAAGGGAGGACUCCGUGACUCCCAAGACCAUCUCCCUUCUGCUCUCACGUACAGUGAUUUCACUGUGUUUCAAAGUCAGCAUUUUUAGAUGACAGCAUGAGCUGUGUUGUGAGGGGGAGCUGCUGCUCUCCAGACCUCCCCGCUCAGCUGCUGGCUCCUAGAGUGCUCCCAGUAAGCCCCAGUGCUCAGAGGCAGGAUCUCUAACCACAGGUUAGGGAAAUGCAGAAGCGCAGUUUUAUUAAGCUGCCUCGACUCCAUCUAUUGGUACUGGGGUGAGCUUAUCCCCCAGAGGACUGUUUGGAGUGUGGGUUUGUUGGUGGAGCCUCUCCAACUCCAGCACUACACCUGCUUCUCCAUCUACUGCUGACACCAGAAUAGGAAACCUCCUGCAUUUAACACUAAGCGAUGUCGACAAGCAGAGCUGCUGGGGAGGUGUUCUGGCCCAACCACACGUUUUUGGUUUUGGUCUUCCCCAGUGAGACACGUGUGGCCUCUUUGUGCACAGCAGAGAGGAGGCACCUCAAAUGGGAAUGAUGGGGAAGCCAUUAGUUAAGCUAGAGACCCUGAAGCUAUUGAUCCUCUGGAAGAAUAGCUAGAUAAAGGGGACACCAAACUACCAGCCUGUUGGCCACCUUUUAUUUUUUUUGUUGGUUUUGUUGUUGGUUUUUAACUUUUCUUUUCCAAGCCAAAGUUUGGUUUGUUUCUGUUAUGACAAUUUUUUUGUUGUUUGUAUAUAAAUAUUUUGGUUAGCUUGAAAAUGGGGAGGGGGGAACAAGGUGUUGGGGCUUUCACAAAAUCUAGGAACUGAGGGGGAUGUGGGGCAUUUGGGGGCUUUUGCUGUUUUAUUGAGGCAGGGGAGGGAGGACUUGUGGUAGAAAUAGUCAUAUCCAAGGGGAGCCAUUUCCACCGUGGGGGAGCCAGGGGACUUCUGGAGCUGAGAUGCAGCAAAAGCCUCUACUGGACUUGUUUCUACCCACCUGUGGGGCAGAGAGGUUGAGUGAGGCCACCCCUUCCCAUCCUGUCCCUGCAGGCGGUUCCUCUUGCAGCAGGUCUGCAGGCUGCGAGCGAGGGGAGCGCAGCUGGCAGAGCCCAGCAGGGGCGGCUGCCGGCCCCUCUGCCCCUUUCCUGCCUUUCAGUUCAGCUGGUUCUGACUGCAGCUCCCGAAAUCCAGAUUCUCCCUCCCCGAGUACCUUCCCCUGCCCUGGUAGUGCUGCCUGCAAUCCCCCCCUGCCACUUGGCCUCUCUGGGAGUGUGGGGUCCAGCCCCAUUUCUGCAACUGAGCAGAGUCUAUGCAUGGCAGCUUCAGCCCACCCAAGUAUAUUAGAAGCAUGAGGGGUUUAGUGCAGAAGUGCCCAACCUUUGCGGGGCUGUGAUCUCCUGAGGUAUGAUCUCCGAGUAAUACCCGCUCCAGACCAUCCAACCUGAUUCCUCUUGUAUCUGAGCCCGACCUCCUCUGGUUGACCCCCGCCAGGCUCUUGCGGUGCGUUAACCAGUCAGUGUCUCCCCAGCUCCAUAGCUAAUGCUGCAAGAUCCCCACCGAGGCAGGUUGCCGAUAGCCCGGCUGCCUGCUCACAGCAGUGAGCUGCAGAGGGGACACCAGGACAUGUGCAUGGCGAGGGGACAGAGGUAGCUUGCUGGUUCCAGGUCUCAGGAGCACCACACCUCCCAAAAACUUGCACACUAGCUGGAAUUUCACAGUGAGGUUUCUCCAGUGAGCAUUGUGCAAGGAGAGCUCUUCAGCCUUUCUUCCCUCUUGGCAAACAACAGCUCUGGUUUCACUCAGAUAUGUUGUGAACUGGCUUGAGGUGUAUUAGAGCAGCCAAGCCAUGGCUAUAUCCAUCUUCUGAAGAAGUGAGGACAAAGCCUAUAUCUCCCUAUGCAAAAUUAAUUACACUUAAUUAAUUAAACUGGGCCCUGACUUGUUUGACCGAUGGCAGCUAGUGCUUCUCCCUGAGAUGGGUCUGCAGUCACAGGUCCCUCGCAAAGCAGGACUUGGCUUUCCGAGGGAAACCACAGCCUGGCAAGUAGCUUGCUGUUUGUCACCCUCUAGUCUGGUGGCAUCUGGGGUUCCUCUUCAAGUAGAGGAAAGUACAUUUCUUUAAGUGUUGCUGUUUGUACUGUCUUGCAAUAGAUGUGGCCAGCACGUGAUAUUAUACUGAUAAAAUUUUGGAUUGAAGAGUUGAUAUAUUUAAUGUGCUGGUCUGUCUUUCCUUGUGGGUACAGUUGUGCUGGUACAUAGGUGACUUCUACUGGUAUAGCAUGUUCCCUACUGGGAAUAAACUACAUUGAUGCCCAGCACGUUAGCAAAGCAUUUUAACUGUCCCCACACUAGGAAGGCUGCACUGUUGGAGGUGGGUUACCUUUUCUAAGAAAAGCCAUGACAGGACCUGGAGCCACCACAGAGGUCAGUAUGAACCUGCUAUAGCCAGUUAUUCCCAGGUUAAGCAGUUACAUGGAUCCUGUGUCAUGAGUUCAGACAGAGCCAUGUUUUAAACGAGCUGUGACAGGGCUGUUCCAGUGCCCGAGAGUGCGUGAGCUCAGGAGUCGGAGACCUGUGUUUUGGUCAGGGCUCUGUCAGUGAUCCUCAAGGGUCAUCGUGAAGCAGUUGUCACUGCUCCAGACUUUGCUUCCCCAUCCCUAAAGUGAAGCAAAAGCUUAUCCCCUGUUCUCACCCAUUGUGAGAUCUGUGGAUGUGAAGCGCACAGCAAGAGCUGAGGAGGGUUAUCUCAAUCGCUGGCUCAAGUACUAGUUGUGAAACGGUUAAUUAAACCAUUUCUUUGCCCAAAAAGAGACCUGGCUGCUGGAAUUUCGAUUCCAGCACCCAGAGCUUUGGCUGCGAGGAACACAAAGCAGAGGAAUUAAAAAAGCAGAGCCUCAUUAUUACCCUGCUCAUCUCUAUCUGUAUCUUCCCAUCCUGGCCCCAGAGAAGGAGGCAACUGAAGAACACGUUGGGGGAGCACUUAGGAAUUCAGUAAAGGGAAAACCAAAACCCAGCUCUGGGGAGUGCUUUUGCUGAGUCUGGCUCCAAAGGGAAAGCCCGUGGGCGGUGUGGCAGGCAGCCUGCGGCCCUCCAGCCUGGCAGGGUCGGGGAGUGCUGCCCUUGGUGCAGAGGGGCGAUUUUUAGAGUGUGUUACCUGUUUGCACUGUUUUACAAUAGGAGGGGGAAAAAAAGCCCGCCCAACCUAGUGAACAAGAUGAACAUCCAAUGUAAACUUAUUUGUGUUUUUAUUUUGUCAUGCUCUUGGAAAAUGUCAAACAUUUUGUAGUAUACACCAGUGAGACUUGAUUCUUUGUUGCAUAAAACACUAUUUUUGGUGAUGUUAAUGUCUAAAAAGCCCCUUCCCUCCAUCCCCACCUUACUGAUUGCCCUCUCCACCCUCCAACCCCGGUAAACUUCUCUUCUACAAUGAAAACUCCAGUCAACAAGGCAAGCAGGAGUCUGAUAGCCAGAGCGUGAAAUGGGGCCCUUGUCAAGCAGGCUCUGGGGUUUCUCCCCGCUACAUUUCCCUCUAGCCAGGAGUUGGCAGGACAAGCCCCCGUCCCGCUGCAGCACCUGCUUUGAUGGCAGCCUCCAGGGAACUUGGGAUGUCCAAGUUCCGUCUCUGUUGCUGCUGUUAACCUUGCAAGGCAACUUCUUGCCAGCGGUUGUCCUCUCCGGGUGGCAGCCUGCAGCUGGUCAGGGCUUGUGCAGGAGACAGGCUUCCCCCACUGCCUCUCGACUUGUGGUAGAGCAAGAACUCAUCAGCCAGAAACCUUGCAUGAUUUCACCAGGAGAUUGCUGGUGUGUAAAGCCGUCCACCCAAAUAUUCAUUUGGCUGACAGUCAGCAAAAUGCUGGUUCAUCUUAGGAAUGUUUUUUCUUUCUUCUUUUUUUUUUUUUUUUCCUGAAGUAGGUCAAUAAAUCUCUUGCCAGAUUCCCAGUUCUCUGCUGGUGGAGGGGCUUGUUGCGUCCCCAAGGAGUGAAUUCCUUACAGAAAUUGGGCCUCUCACAUUAAUAGUCUCAGUUUUGGUCAUGUUUUUCAAUUUUUUUCUGUUCACAGUAUUUUGUGUGUGUGCGUGUGUUGUAGUUUUGGCAGCUUGGUUUGGCUGCAUUAUCAAGUGACGAAAUAAUCCUCUUUUACCCCAGGGGAAAUGAUUUGGUUUUGAGUUUUUUCUUUUUACUUUUUUUUCUUUUUAAAAUCUUAAUAUGAUAAACCCUGCUUGUAAAUAGCUGGAGCUAAAACGUGGGGCUGAUAGCAGAUGAGAACCAGGGCUGUAGAGCGAUACGGAGCUGGCGGAGUAUUUUACUGACCUCACAGGCUGAUCUACUUGAGACUUGGAGAUUUUCAGUGCAAGGCUGAGAUGCCGCAGCACCUCCACUAGCAGCGAUGGACUUGCCCCUUCACGCCAUCUCCCCAGCACCUCCCAUUGCCAGGUACCGCCGGGGAACAGGACGCGUCCCGAGUGGGAUGCGUUCCCUUCCCCUGGAUCAUUUCCUAGGACGCCCGAGCCGCUUGCCCAGGGUCCCAUUUCCCUGCUGACUCUGGAGAAGCAGUAUCUGCAUCCCAGGGCUUUGUGACAGCCUCUUAACUUCCCGCCCUCCCUCGUUAAGUAUCAUAUUGUAUAGUAGCUUUCAGACCAUACAGUAUUCAUUGGGUUAUUCCUAUUAUUAUCAAGUAGCUGGAAUUGUGAAGGUCGGAGUAGUUAGAUCUUUAGCUUUUAUUCCUUUUUUUUGUAUUACUAUCCAUGUGUAUAAAUUAUUGAUCAUGUUGCUGGCUUUUAUAAACUCUAAGCAAGGGGGGAAACCCUUCCUAACCCUUUGCAAAUGGUAAUGAAGCACUGUUUUUAAAUAAAAGUGAGAAACACCA